AUGGAAUCGACCUACAAAGCUCUUGUUCAGCACACCUUACUCGAGUGGAACGAAAAGCGGCGAUCUGCAUCUGACACAGCCGUCGUCCAUCCUAGACUCAUCAUCGCGAUUGCUGGGCCACCGGGCUCUGGCAAGACCACCAUCGCGCGGCGCGUGGUCUCCGACCUCAACUCCUCCCCGGAACCCCGCCCAAAGUCCGUGGUAGUGUCCGCCGACGGCUUUCACCUGCCGCUCGAGGUGCUGCGCGCGCUCCCCGACGCCACGGAGGCCAUCGCCCGCCGCGGCGCCCCGUGGACCUUUAACGGCCCGGGCCUCGUCCGCCUCGUCCGCCAGCUGCGGGCCUCUGCGGGCCUGCGCCCCGUCCAGGCGCCCACGUUCGACCACAGGCUGAAGGAUCCCGUCCCCCGUGGGCUCACCAUAGAAGCGGACGUCGACGUCUGCCUCGUCGAGGGGAACUACCUGCUCGUGGACGAGGAGCCCUGGAGCCAAGUCGUGCAGUUGGUGGACGAUCGGUGGCUCGUGAGGGUCGAGCCGACGCUGGCCCGGAACAGGGUUGCCGCGCGACACGUCGCGGCCGGGGUUGAAGAUACAAUGGAAAAGGCACUGUUUCGGGCGGAAAGCAACGACAUGGUCAACGGGGAGUACAUCGUCAGGCGCAGUGAGGGGAGGUACGAUUUGCUGAUUGAUAGCGUAGAGGAGCUACCAAACUAG